CAGAAGCGUUCCGAGAGUUAGAUUUGGUGUGAACGAGAAGUCUUGCCCAAUGGGUUGGAAAACAUAAGAAAACUAGGCAUCAUGUCAGAACACCCUUGCCAUAAUCUCAGCAAUACAGAGAAACAGAUCUUUACAUGUCGCCAUUGCAUGGCCAAGUUCUAUGACCCUAUUCAAAGAUGGCGUCAUAGUAAGAGCUGCAAAAAAGAAGCUCCACCAAAAAGCAAAGAUGUAUCGCCAUCACCAAAUGGUACAAGCAAAAGGGAAUACCCUGCAGAGCAUGCAGCAAAAGCUGGGACAAGCAAAAAACGACAGAAGAAAGAAAACCCUCUCAACUGUCUCAUUUGUAAAUCUGUCUUCAACACCCUUGAAGAGAUGAAAGAGCAUGUCAAACAGCCAUGUAACAAGCCAUUUGUUCCAAAAUCCCAGUCACUGGGACAACCCAAUCCAGAUUUAGAGAAUUUUGAACAUCAACUUCAACAGCUACGGGAUGCAAAGGGGGAUGAUAUGGCCACCAAUCAAAUUGAGUCGUUGCUAAAAGCAGCUCAAACUUUGCACAAGCAGCAACAGGAGCAACAAAGGCAGCAAGCACAGCAGCUACAGAAUGUUGAAACCGAGGUGAUACCAGAUGGAGGUAAUCCAGAUUGGUUGUAUAACCAGGGUGAACCAGUGUUGUGUAGUAUGGAAGAAUAUGGAGGUCCUGGAUUUCCUAAUUACUCCUCCAUAGAUGGAUCAGAUGGGAUGCAUGUGGUACGAGUUGAGCAGGUAUCCUCAACUCCCCCCAUUGACGAGGAUCGUAGUCUCCAUACACCUCCCAUAAGCCUCACAACAGAGGAAUAUCACCAACUACCUUCUCAGGAAAUCACCUUGACCUCGUCCGGGCAAGAAGCAUUUGUAAACCAUGCUCCAACGACACUUUGUGGACCAGUUAACGUCAACACUGAGAAAGGCCACCUGCAAGCUUCAUUUGAAAUUUGCAAAAACAAUACACAGGGAUGCUCAUCCAAUGACGAGUACAUCCUUUCAACUGUUGGCAUAGUUGAAAACUUGCAGCCACAGACUAUGGCCACUCAGGAAGAACUGAACACUACUAUUGUUAAUCCUGUUGUUCUGCCUAGUGUUUUGCCAAGUGUUAAUCCAGGUGUUAUUCCUAGUGAAGUCAGACUAGUGGGAAGUGAUGGUGUGACAGUCACAGUGGUCCUUUCUUCUGACACAUCCAGUGAGGUGGUGCAGAAAACAGGAAAUCCAGUGGAUGAGUUUGAUCUCAUUUCACAGGUUAUAGGUGAAGAUUUGAAUGAACAAAGGCCAGUUGACGAAAAAUCCAGAAAAGAUUCAUGUAAUUCAAAAAUUGCUGACACAGCAACAAAUUGUGAUGCAAACAAAGCACCAAAGUUCAGUUUUUCUCCUGUUUCUAAUUUUGUUGAGCUUAAAAACUCUGCAGAAAGUGAGCAAGCAGUUGCAAGUGAACAAGGCACCAUAACUGAAGAAAGAAAAUAUUCUAAUACCUCUGAAAAUUUGAAACACAAUGCUGAUGUCAAUGAACUAGCCACCAUUAAUAGUAAUGGAGAAGAUAAAUUAAAAUCGAAAGAAUGUUUAAAUUCCCAAAAUGAUGAACAAAUUAUUGGAUCCCAUUUAGAGCAAUUAACUUCAGCAACAGCAGUAAACAAAUGUUUAUCAGAUGGCGAAAAAGAGUCAAAAAAUGAAAAAUCUUUUAACUUUCAAGAAAUUGAAAAGAGUCAUGACUGUGAAAAUCAAAAAGCAGUUCAAAAUGAAAGAGAUCAUAAACUAGAAUCUGAUUCUCAAAUCUCUCCCAAGGAAAAAAAUUCUGAAACAUAUGUCAAGUCUGUAUCUGAAGUGAAAGUGAUCAAAAAGAAACCCAGAACUGAACGAAUUCCAAAGUGUAGAGUUUGUGAUAAGCAGUUCAAAACAACUGAGCUGCUUCGAAAACACAAUAAAGUUCCAUGCAUGAUAAGACUGACAAGGAAUCUCACACAGAAAGUGUUGAGGCCAAAGAGACUAGAAAAACCAGUGCCUCUACAAACAAAGAAAAAGAAGAAACAGAAACCAGUCCCAAAUAAGCCAAAAAUGAUCACACUUAUUAACAGAAGGUUUUCAGAUACCAGUCUAGAUUUCAGAAAGGACAAAAAAGGAAAGUUGAAGACAAGAAGGAAAUCUUUGUAUGACUUUAACUUCUGCAUAACAAGAAGUAGUGACUAUAGAAAUGCAAGUUUAGACGUUUUAGUACAGUAUGACUCUCUAGAUGAGAAAGAACAGCAUUUCUUUCAUUUAGGUCUUGUUGCAAAAGUUCAUCUACCAACAGACUACAAGACUCCAAAGUCUCUUAUCAAACAUGUUUUGAAAGAAAAUGGGUCUCGAGUAUUACAGGAUGUUGUAGAAGAAGAAGAUGUGCAUUCUCUGAUAGAUGAACCCCCAGUUUUGGAGAAAGUAGUUGACGCAGCGGGCAGAAUACAGGAGGAUAUCUACAUUUUGAGGGAUGAAAUCAACCAUGAUAUAGAACCACCUGUUCUGAUGACUGUAGAAGAGUUAAAUAGAAGUUGUCCAAGUGUUGAAGAAGGUAGUUCACUGGCAGUCUUGGAAUGCCCAUCUUUAAGUAACUCUGAUGAUAUUCACUUUAAUAGCACCAAGGGGCCUAUGAAGGAUAAUGUCAAUAACACUAAUGAACUUAAUAAGGAGAAUAAUUUUGAGCGUGAAAAUGUUUUAGUAAAAUCACAACUGACGGAACAAAAUUCAAAACCUUGCACCCCAAGCAAAGUUGAAAAUUCAUCUGAGAAAUUUCCUAUGACAGAAGUUGUGUCACCCCUAAAAUCUCCAAACAAAACUCUUGGUGAAAGACAUUUCUUAGAUGCAAUAGAUGUAUCAAGUGACACGUUUUCAGAUGAAUCAGAAUUCACUAAAACCAAGCUAAGAGAUGAUGCCACAAAACCAUCAUAUAGUGUGACAGUGGGAUUGCAGACAGACAUACCAACAGCAACAGAUAAAAUCAUGUAUCCAAGAUCCUCUUUCAUCCUGAAGUGCCUUAAGAGGUUAGAAAAUAAGCACAAAAAUGUUCCAAACCCUAAACCCUUGACUCAAAAACAGAAUUCAGGAAGGAAAAAUUUAUUUGAAAGUCUGGAAAAUGUUUCUAGAGAUUCAAAAACUGUUUGCAAGUCUAAUAACAUUACUUAUCACAAAGAAAACCAGAGGAAAAAUUUAACACAAUCUUGCAGUGAAAAAAGAGAUGCUUCUGACAAUGCUGUAGAAGAAGUCAUAGUGUAUCCAAAACCAGUUGACCCCAAAAAAUUAGAACAUAACAAGCCAACUUUUACAAUUCCUUCAAAUGAAGAGAUUUUAACAUAUGCAGAUGACAAUGUUGUAAUUAGAAAACCACCCGAGCUAGAUUCAGUUAGUCCAGAGAAUGGGAGGGAUCUUCUUCAGAUCAUUGCAAAGACUCUAGGGAUCUUUCCAUCAACAAAACCCAAACAUGAAGAGAGUCAUUUGAAUGAAACGCCAAAGAGAUACAAGGAAAAGUGCCAAGAAGAUGUAGUAAACCAGAAAGAUGGAAUGCAGAUAAUUGUCAUGAAUAAUACAGCUGAGUCUAAUGAAUAUACCAUGGGUAUUGAUGUCAUAAAUGUUCCCAAAAGCAUCAAUGAUGAGCUGAAGGAAGCUGCAUCAGAGUUAGAAAGUAAAGUUGUCUUUGAAGAUGAUGGAUCUCAAAGGCUUCAUUUCUGUGAUGAUAGUGCAGCUUUGGUUGGAGGACACUCUGUACAGCAGGGAGUAGGAACAAGCCAUAACGUACCAGGGGAUAUAUCAAUACCUGAAGAAGUUUAUGAAUUUCUUGAAGAUUACAACACUAUUCAACCCAGUGCUUCUAAAACUGAUCAAAUACCUACAUUUGUAACCCAGGAUAAUACAGUCAAUAACAGCAUUCAUCUGAUACCUGGUCCUCAAGUUAAAGCCAGUGAAGUUGUGGAUAUACAUUUCAGUUUUUGUUCUAGUGAGUCAUUAGUUCCUCAACCAAAUUCUCAUGUUUUUUCUUUAUCAAAGUCCAAUGAUGAGACUUCCAUUAUUCCAGCAAAUCAUAUACAAAGUAACAAAGAGCAAGAAGCAACAAGUGCAGAAAUUUCCUCCAUAAAAACAGGGGAAUUGAGGAGUCAGCAAUUAGAAAAACCAUAUUUGCAAAGUCAUGGGGAUUUACCAAUGUAUGCAAUUCCAGUUGGGGUUAUUUCAGAUGAUAACCAGAACAAGAAACAAAUUAACAUUCCCCAAAAUGAGCAUGCUGCUUCAACUUUCCUUUCUCCUAAUCAGCAUAUUAAUACUUGCAAAAUGUCAAGCUCCACAACAGUAUACGAAGAAGGAAGAAUUCAGGUUCUUCAGACAUCUAACCAAGAAUAUGUGAUAGAAGAAUCUCAGAUAAAACCAGCAUUUUCUGACUCUGAUGUGUUUGUCAUUGGAAAAGUUCCUGUUAAUGAUAAAGAGAUUACGAGUUUACCCUCAAGUAUUCCAGACACCAAUCCAGAUCCAGAUCAGCUCUGGAACAGGAUCUUGGAGGAUUACAAGACAGAGUGUCUUCAGAACCAGAGAACAGAACAAAACAAUUACCUUGGUUCUGGAUCAAUUUUCAAUACCCCGAAACAGCAUCAUAGACCAAGGACUUUAAGUAACAUAGAAAUCAAUACAAACCCAUUCAUUUCAAAACCAGAACUAACCAGAAGUUACAGCCAUAGUGCUAAUUCAUCAUUUUGUGAUAGAUCAAACCAGAAACUUCGUAACUGUGAUAAUCGUGAUGAACUCCCUUCCAUGACUUGCUCCUUCUCACCCACUAACAACAGUCAUUCAUUAAAACUGAUAUUCAGAAAGGAAAAAUCACCACAAGAACAGAAAACUCCCACAAGUAUAAAUUAUAGUGAACAAGUAAGUAGGGUUCCAGAUCGAAAUUUUCAGGAAAAUGUUAGUGAAUCUAAUAUGUCUUCAGCUUUGUCUGAUCCAUCCUCUACUAAUGUGGAAGGCUCUGAGGAGGAGGGAGAUUCCUUACCCUACAUGAUAGUGGACACAGGGGUAGAAAUUUGUAGGAAGGCACUUGGUGCUGAGGAAGAUGAAGACAUGUCAGAAGAUGAAUGGGCUUUAGAAAAAGAAACAGAUUCACAGGAUGCAGUGACUUAAGAAUUUUCAGUAAUAUUAAUAAUAUCUUAACUGGGUAAUUAUGGCAAGUCUUUCUUAUAAAUGUAAUGUAGUUUUUUGUGUAAUAUUAUGUAAAGUCCCUUUUAAUACA